UUUUUUUUCUGAGCCCGCGUGAAAGCCGCUUCACGUACUACUCGAUUCUUCGUUUCAUGGUCUCUUAUACAUAUUUUACUUUCACUGGAAUAUCUUCUCAGUAUACGUUAGAACUCGUAAUCGUUAACAAGUGACGAAUUCAUCAUCCACGGUGACCAGGAUGUUCAAUCCUAUCCUUAUCUUUAUCGUUCUGGCGAGUCCCUGCCUCGGCGACGUCUCGCAUAUUUUGCCUGAAUAUAAGGAAAGAACAACGGUGACACCUCCACCACCACCAAGGCCGUACCAGUUCGAAUACGCGGCUGGUCGUUAUCCGGGACACGUCGAUCGGAUUCAACAAGAAUCGGGUGAUGGUUCCGGGGUUAUUCACGGAUCCUAUUCCUUCAUAGACCCGAAGCAAAAAGUUCGUACAGUCGAAUAUACCGCUGACAAAAAUGGCUUUCAUCCGACACUCGUUAAUUUUGAGGACACGCAGGCUCAACCAGUUGAUACCGAAGCAGUGCAACUAGCGAAGGAAAAACAUUUUCGACUUUAUCACAAAUUAGCCGAAGCUAAUUCUCACGGCGCGCCUUCAUCGUAUGUUCCAAGAGAGACGGUCGGCGUUGCGAGAGAAAAGGAAAGACAUUUUUCACUCUACAAUAAGAUUGCCCAAGAACAUGCGGCGAUAGCAGCUCAGAGGAAAGCGUUUGAAGCAACAUCAGUUCCGAAUGAUGUUGAGGAAUCUCAUCUUUCUUAUGAUCAGUACAACUAAGGCAUUAUGAAAAAUUCGAUUAUCAGAAUUUUACAAAUUCAUUCUUUCGAAACAAUACAACCGACUGGGAAUGUAUUUUUUUUAUUCAUUCAAAAGAAUACAAAACUGAAGACCACUCUAUUGACUUCGUCGGCUGUUUUGUUUGAAAGGACAAUGAUUUUGAAAGUCGCAACCCUGGCUCAUUGUACAAUCUGUAUUGCACCAAUGAUUGAUUUGAUAUCAAAUAAAAUUGUGCAUUCUCGUU